UAAGUUUUGAAAAGAAUUGUUUUCAAGUUUGCCAAAAAAAAAAACCGUUUGGGUUUAUUUUUGUGGUGUAAUAACAAUAAUGGUAAAAGUUGAUGUGGAAUAUUGUGGCAAGUGCAACUUCGAGUGGCAGUGUAAAAUGUUGCAAAACUUUUUGCAACAACAAAAUCCUGAUACAGAAAUGUUGUGCCACAAAGGACGACAAGGAUCUUUUGAGGUGAAGAUCAAUGAUACUUUAGUGCAUUCAAAAUUACAGUCACUAGCCUUUCCCGACCAUCAAAGUGUUUUGGAGAAUGUAAAACGGGCAGAACAGGGUGAGCCUUUGGUAAAAGCGAAAGAACAACCAAUUGAAAAUUGUAUGAUAAUGUGAAAGUAGCACAAAUGAUAUGUAUAAACAGUAAAAUAAUUAGAAUUUUAUAAUUUUA